GGGACAAAGUUUUGAGUCUUUUGACAUCUUGCGUGAGCAUUACCUUACCUUAAAGACGCGGAUUUAGACCAGUCUGUCUUUCCUUUCAUGUUUUUUGGGUAAAGGAGAUUUCUUUCUGUUCUCGACAAUCUUUUUGUAUUACUUUGCUGCAUGGCUGGAAGGGCUGUAUGUACCCUAUAAAGUUUGCACGAGGAUUCCAUUGGUUCCUCUCUUUCUCUCUCACUCCGUUAAUUCUAUGCCAUUCAGAUUCUGGAGAUUUCCAUGUAUAUUAUAUUUCUCUCUCUCUCUCUCUCUCUCUCUCUCUCUCUUCCUCUCUCUCUAAUCUAGUGGCUGCGUGACUGGUAAGAAAUGGUUCUUUGAAUCAACCCAUUUAUACAAAGAUUGAGAUGACCGAUUAUAAAUAGGACACAAAUUUUCUGAGGAAAACCUCGGUGCUCGUAGAUUUGGUAUCGAAGGUUCAGUUGUAGAGAGGUCGUAUGCCUGGAAACAAGUACAACGGUAGUUCAAACCAUAUUCCAACUCGUGUAGAGCGGCUCUUGAGAGAGAGAGAGCAAAGGAGAAGCAGGGCUUCUCAUUCGAAUGAGGUAACUGAUAAUAAUCGGGGGAAUGAAUCGUCUGAGCAUGGCCUACGCUUAAGAGAAGAUGAGAACGGGGGAGUUUCCUAUGAGAACGGGGCAGUUCCCUAUGUUGAACAAUCCUCACAGGGGGCUGCAGCUUCAAGGUUGCUUCCUGAUGAGGUAUAUGAAAGGCAAGAUGGGAAGCCUUUCAGACAACGACUCUUGGUGGUGGCUAACAGGCUGCCAGUGUCUGCAGUUAGGAGAGGUGAAGACUCGUGGUCUUUGGAGAUAAGUGCUGGCGGUCUAGUCACUGCUCUUCUAGGUGUGAAGGAGUUUGAGGCACGAUGGAUUGGUUGGGCCGGUGUAAAUGUUCCAGAUGAUGUUGGACAGAAGGCACUUACUAAAGCUUUGGCUGAAAAGAGGUGUAUCCCUGUAUUCCUUGAUGAAGAGAUUGUCCAUCAAUAUUACAAUGGCUAUUGCAACAACAUUUUGUGGCCCCUUUUUCAUUACCUUGGCCUUCCACAAGAAGAUCGCCUUGCCACAACAAGAAGCUUCCAAUCUCAAUUUGCUGCAUAUAAGAAGGCAAAUCAAAUGUUUGCUGACGUGGUAAACAAGCACUAUGAAGACGGGGAUGUCGUUUGGUGCCAUGAUUACCAUCUAAUGUUUCUCCCCAAAUGUUUAAAGGAAUAUAACAGUGAAAUGAAAGUUGGUUGGUUUCUCCACACCCCAUUUCCCUCGUCAGAGAUUCAUAGGACACUGCCAUCUCGAUCAGAGCUACUGCGUUCAGUUCUUGCUGCUGAUUUAGUUGGUUUUCACACCUAUGAUUAUGCACGGCAUUUUGUUAGUGCUUGUACCCGUAUUCUCGGUCUUGAGGGUACACCUGAAGGAGUUGAGGAUCAAGGGAGGCUUACUCGAGUUGCUGCUUUUCCAAUUGGAAUAGAUUCAGAAAGGUUUAUACGUGCACUAGAUACCCUUCCAGUUCAGGAUCACAUCAGAGAAUUGACAGAAAGAUUUAAAGGCCGAAAGGUAAUGUUAGGUGUUGAUCGGCUUGAUAUGAUCAAAGGGAUUCCUCAAAAGAUAUUAGCAUUUGAAAAAUUUCUUGAGGAAAACCUAAGUUGGCGUGAUAGAGUAGUCUUGCUGCAAAUUGCUGUGCCAACAAGAACCGAUGUUCCAGAGUAUCAAAAACUUACUAGCCAAGUUCAUGAAAUUGUUGGACGCAUCAAUGGCAGAUUCGGAUCAUUGUCAGCAGUUCCUAUACAUCAUUUGGAUCGUUCUCUCGACUUUCAUGCAUUAUGUGCACUUUAUGCUAUUACUGAUGUAGCACUUGUCACAUCUUUAAGGGAUGGAAUGAAUCUUGUCAGUUAUGAGUUUGUUGCAUGCCAGGAUGCAAAGAAAGGCGUUCUCAUUCUUAGUGAAUUUGCUGGUGCUGCACAGUCUCUGGGUGCUGGGGCAAUACUAGUGAACCCCUGGAACAUUACCGAAGUAGCAGCUUCUAUUGCCCAAGCUUUAAAUAUGUCAGCUGAGGAGAGAGAGAAGCGACAUAAACAUAACUUUGCACAUGUGACAAGCCACACUGCUCAAGAAUGGGCCGAAACUUUUGUGAGUGAACUAAAUGAUACAGUUGUUGAGGCGCAACUAAGGACAAGACAAGUUCCACCCUCACUUCCAACCGAGACAGCAAUUGAUCGUUAUUGGAAAGCUAAUAAUCGAUUACUAAUAUUGGGAUUCAAUGCAACAUUAACUGAACCAGUAGACACACCUGGGAGUAGAGGUGAUCAAAUUAAAGAAAUGGACCUUAAAGUGCACCCAGGUCUAAAAGAACCCUUGAAGGCGCUCUGCAGUGAUCCAAAAACAACAAUUGUUGUGCUCAGUGGGAGUGACAGAAGUGUCUUAGAUGAAAACUUUGGGGAGUAUGACAUGUGGUUGGCAGCAGAGAAUGGGAUGUUUUUACGCCUUACAAAGGGUGAAUGGAUGACAACAAUGCCUGAGCAUUUGAAUAUGGAAUGGGUUGACAGCGUGAAGCAUGUUUUUGAAUACUUCACAGAAAGAACACCCCGAUCACAUUUUGAACUUCGUGAAACUUCACUUGUUUGGAAUUAUAAAUAUGCAGAUGUUGAGUUUGGAAGACUUCAAGCAAGGGAUAUGUUGCAGCAUCUAUGGACAGGCCCAAUUUCUAAUGCAUCUGUUGAUGUUGUUCAGGGUGGCCGGUCUGUUGAGGUGCGAGCUGUCGGUGUGACAAAGGGUGCAGCCAUUGACCGCAUACUAGGAGAGAUAGUUCAUAGUAAAUCCAUGACAACUCCAAUAGAUUAUGUCGUGUGCAUUGGUCAUUUUCUGGCAAAGGAUGAAGAUGUUUACACCUUUUUCGAGCCAGAGCUUCCUUCUGAUGCCAUCAUUGUUGCAAGAAGCAAGGCGACUGAUGGACUCAAGCUACCUGGCGAGAGAAGAUCUUCUUUGAAGCUUCCAGCAAGUAGAAGUGGGCCGAAAUCAUCUCAAAGUAAGACACCACGACCUUUGCCAAAUCCCGAAGGGAGAGAUUUCAUGGGUGGGGCAAAAUCAGCUCAGAGCGGGCGACGGCCAUCACCAGAAAAGAUUUCAUGGAAUGUACUUGAUCUAAAGGGAGAGAACUAUUUUUCCUGUGCUGUUGGAAGAACUCGCACAAAUGCUAGGUAUACACUCGGGUCAUCAGAUGAUGUCAUCUCCUUCCUGAAAAAGAUUUCAGGUUAAUCAAGUUGAGCAGUUUUUUGCUUUAGCGUCCUGCGGCGCUACUAGUUCAAAGGUUCAUUACCCAAGCAUGAGAUUUCAAAUGGCUUAGUGAGGAGAUGAGAAACAUUUUCCGUUUCAUUGUGAUAUUCUUUCGUCAAACACAUCUCGACCAUUUUGCCAAAAUUUAUACUGUCACUCCCUUCAUAGAAUUGGUAUAUUUUAAGAGACUAAGAGCAUCCAAACCACAGGACUGAUGACCAAAACAAGCAAUAAAAGAAAUUGAUCUUUUUUUUUUUU